AUGUCCACAAAGCAAGCGGGCCCUUUGGCGGCCUUCACCGGCGGCCUGGCGCGGCCGCUGCUGCCAGAUGCUGAGACCCUGGGGGCCCUCACCCCCAAGGCCGUCCACGACUUUGUCUCCGCAAACUUCACCGCCGCAAACACCACGAUCGCCGCGGCCGGCGCGACGCUUGGCGCGCUGACGCAUGCGGCCGGGCCGCUGGUGGCGGCCGGCAGGCUCGGCGGGGCGGGGGCGGGCGCGGGCGCGGCGGCGAGCAAGUACAGCGGCGGCGUGCUGACGGCGCUGACGCCCGGGUCUGCACCGCUGGUGGCGCUCGCGUUCGAGGCCCCUGGCGGCCUGUCUGACGUGAAGGGCACCGCCCUCUCCGCGGUGCUCAAGGCGCUGCUCAACGAGACCAGGGAGAGCCUGCCCUACCUGGGGAAGGCCCCCGCAGGCGACGCCCUGGACAGCGUCGUGCCCGUCGUGCACUCGUACAAGUCCACGGGCAUCAUCGGCCUGCUGGCCAGCCCCGCCGCCUCAGGCGCGGCCGCCGCCGUCGACGCGCUGUCCUCGCGCUUCGAGGCCCUGGCCAAGGGCGUCUCCGAGCCGGCCCUCGCGGCCGCCAAGGCCGUCGCGCUCGGCGGCUACCGCGCAGCUACCGCCUCCAAGUCGGGCGCGGUCCAGGACCUCGCGCAGCAGCUGCUCGCGCGGGGCUCCGCGGACGCGGGGGCGUACGCGGCGGCGGUCGGCGCGCUGACGGCCAAGGAUGUGGCGGGCGCCGCGGCGGCGCUGGUGAAGGGCGCGCCGACGCUGGUGGCGUCGGGGCCGCUGUCGGAGCUGCCGAAGUACGACGUCAUCGCCAGGCGGUUCAGCUGA